AUGGCGCGAACUUUUCUCUCUUUCUUGGUUAUCUCUCUCACAAUCUUUCAGCUUUCAACCAUCGUUGAGUCUCGUUCUCGUGCAAGAAUGUAUGUUGAGUUACAGUGUCGAUCUGCCAUAUAUCCUGAACUGUGUGCUCAAACUCUUUUGCCUUACGUAGCUAAAACCGGACUACUAAGCCCUCAACUAUUAGCUCAAAUUUCAUUAGCUUCAUGUCUAUCGAAAGCUCGGUAUACCAAGAUCUAUCUGAACAUGGUAGUAAAGAAACUGAACGAAACAAAGAAUUCUGCAAACUACCUAGCUAUAGACGACUGUGUUCAUCAGAUCAACGAUGGAGUGAACCAAAUUACGCAAUCCUAUAAGGAGUUAGAACAAAUGGGAAAAGAUGGAGAUGAAAAUUUUAUGUGGCACGAGAGUAAUGUGCUAUCGUGGAUCAGCGCUGCAUUAACAGAUGCCACCACAUGCAUUGAAGAAAUCUUGGGGGAUGGCAUUAUCAGUCGUAGGGAACAGGCUAUGAUCAGAGCAAGGUUCUUGAAUGUGAAGCAACUCGCUAGCAAUUCUCUUGCGAUGUUCAAUCGUUUCACAGUAAGAUACCGUGCCUCUCGUGGCAUCAAGAAUCCGUAA